UUUAUUUUUUUAGGCCAAUAAAAACUAUCUUCCCGUCCACUUUUAGUAAUUUUAGUUUUUUUAAAGCUCACCGUAACGUCCCCCGCCGUGAGUUUAAGGAUGUCUGCGGUCACGAGAGCCAACUCAGCGCCGGGUUCAUGGAGGCCGGAGCCGGACGCCAGAGUUGUGGAGCUGAAUGUCCCAGCAGAGAGCAGGAAGAGAUAUCCUCCCAUCGUCAACAACCACGCCCUCCCAGAUGAGCUGGUGGUCAGCCUGACCUCCACCGUGAGCAGCAGGAGCACGCCGGGCCACACUGCACACCACCGGCACUGCAAGGGAUGUGGACUCAGACGGCCGGACGCAGUCUGGCAUCAUCAGCUCGGACGCAAGAAAUACAAAUUCUUUCUGGAGCAGCCGACAUCCCUGACCGGAGCGGGCAGGGAUAUUUCGUUCCUGUGCGAUGCCAUGGUAACCCAGAGGAAGAGGAGCCCCCUCCCCCCACUGACUGACAGAAGUGGCAUCGGAGAACCACAGAACGUGAAUGUCUCAGACCGUCUGAUCCCGGAGGAAUAUCACAUGGUGAAGAACAAAGGUCUACGGAGCCUCGAGUUCUUCGAGGAUGCGUUCACGGUGCAGCUGCAGGACGAUGAGCAGAAGCUGCGUGUCUUCCCUUCAUUGAGGCCCAGUGGCAGGCUGGAGGUGAUCCAGCUGAUGAGGAUGAUGGAUGACAUGCUGGAGAAGGCCGGAGUGGAUCGGCAGAUGGAGGAGCUGACGGAGCUCUCCCAGAUGGAGGGUCUGCUGGAGCUGGUGCAGGCGGAGCAGAGCAUCUACAACAUCGUUUUCCACGAGCUGAUCCGGCAGGUCAGCGUCGGCUGUGCCGAGAGAGGACAGCUGCUCGCCAAGCUCAGAGAGCGCUACCAGUCCCUGCUGGAGCGAGUCCCCAGGCAGCUGAAGGCUCUGCACACGGAGACGGUGGCCCAGCGAGCUCUGGACCGCCGGCUCACGGAGGAGAUCCACCGCAUCAAGACCUCCAUCCAGAGGCUCAACACGGAGCUGUGCAGGAUGAGAGACCAUGAUGCAUCUGUUUCCCGGCAGGCCGAGCGCGCUCACCGGCAGCUGGCAGAGGCCCUCGAGCAAACUCACACCAACUCAGAGGCGGUGCAGGGCUACCACGAGCUGUACGAGCUGCACCGGGGCCGCCUGGAGGCCCGGCUGGUCCGGCUGACGGAGGAGAGAGACUCCUGGAGCCAGCUCACCUUCUGCCUCGCCCUCAAGGUGAUCAGUUUGAAGAAGCUGCAGCUGAUCCAUCGGCUUCACGUCAUCGAGCAGAGCUGGUUGAAGUCGGCCGAGCAGUGCUGCCUCUCCCUCAGCUUGAAGGACUCAGACGACCUGAAUACCAUCAUGGAGUUCACUGACCACUGGAGGGAGCAGCUGACUGCCUUCAUGUCCCAGAUGAAGAGGACUGAGCGUGCUCAGUGUGAACAGAUCGGGACAAUCCAGCAAGGCAUCGUCGAGUGGCUCGCCUUCUGCAUCGCGCACCACCACGGUCCUCAACCAAAGCAUGAGGACGCUUCUUUGGAAAAGUGUCACGCUGAUAUGAAAAACUGGUCACAGUCAUUGGCCCUCCAGUGUGACACCUAUCAAGGUGAGACGCUGCUGUGCUGCCAGCAGACACUCAGCGAGCUCGACCACGACCGGGAAAGAUGGCUGAACAUCAGCCUGGCGCUCUUCAGAAGACACGCCCCUCCUCCGGUGGACGGCGAACCGACAGCUGGAGGCCAGCAGGCCCUCAGAGAGCUGGACACGGCCCUGUCGGGGCUCCUGAAGCAGCUGGACACCCACGUCACUGGAGAGAGUGGGGUCCGCGGCCGGGUCGCGGCGCUGCUCGGCUCGAUGGAGUCCCAGGCCUCCAGGCUCGGUGCGGCGGUCGAUGGACCAGCAGUGGCCUCUGUCUCUGAUUGGCUGCAGCUGGAGGAGGCUCUGAGGACCUGGACGGGUCUGGCCGAACACGUUUUUCAGGACGUCUCCAGCAUGCAGGCGGAGAACCAAGAGGACAACAACAAGCCUGACUUAUUCUCAGAGGCAGAGGAGGCGUUACACAAAGUGCAGAAGUUCAUCACCAGCAUGUCCGACUUCACUGAGGGUGAGAACCAGCGGCUCAGAGACGAGGUCCGUUCUCUUCACACGGGUCUGACCCGCUGGAUGCUGGAUCUGCUGCUCGUCAUGGUUCCAGAGCACAGUGAAGACCAGGACCAGGACCAGGACCAGGACCAGCACCAGGACCACCGCUACAUGACAAACCUCUCACCACAGACGCUGGAUAAAGACGCCAAGACGCUGACUGAGAAACUGAACUUGUUCUCCAUGAACAUCAGCAGCUCUUGCGAACGGAUCCUGGAGGAGCAGAUUCUGCAGAACCCACUUGAACCCGAGAGCGAGGAAGAGAUGAACGAGUGCAGGAAUCUGCAGAAGGAGAGCACCGAUUGGGUGGAGACCAGCAUGAUGCUGCUCUGUGGAGUGGCAGCUGGUCCUGCAGAGCUUCCUGUCCUGCAGGCUGACUCCGCCUCCAGGGACCACGCCCCGGAGAGUCUGGGGAACACGGACGUGUCAGCAGAGCCUCAAGCAGACGGGGGGUUUAAAGAUGAGGCUGAGCCAGGAGAGGACACGGCCGAAGGACACGACACACAACAAGAGGCCGAUCAGCAGGGGGAGCUGCCGGUGUCUGAGCCCACUGUGGUGAAGAUGAUCAGCUACGAUGGAAACAUCACACGCAGACUGCUGGGAACGAGCCGAGUGCUCCUGCCCGGGACUGAGGAGCUGGUUGUGUCUCCAGCAACAUAUGAAGCCCAGAAAGCUUUCAGUGAUCUGACCACGAUCAGUUUACUGCAGCAGGAACUUCAUGACUCUGAGCUGCGUGUCCAGAGCGCGGAGCAGCGGUCCCUUGAAGCCGAAGACGCCCUGCAGGGGGCGCUGGACACGAUCCGGGAUCUGGAGAGACGACUGCAGGGUCGGCCCGGCCUGAAUAGCACCGGCAGCGAAGAGAGGAAGAAGACGCCCCCCCUCCCCCCCCGCUCUCCUCUUCCUCUCACGACUCCUCCAAAGAAGAGUGAAUCCAAAGCCACCGGCAGCACCAAGAAGACCAAGAAACGCUGACGCGGCCCGAGGAGGAGGACGCUCCAUUUAAUGUGGGAGGAACUAUUUGUUUUACACAUUGUAGCGUUUUAUGUUUCAUGUAAAGGAAAAACCAUCUGCGGUUACAUAACUUCUAUCUACACAUGUUUACACAUCACAGGAAGUAAAGAACAACACAGAGAUAUGAGCACGAUGUGGUCCAACAUCCAGUAAUCUGUAGUCUGAGGGUGAAUAGAACGAUGUCAUCGUUUAUCUAACGGCUUGAUGUGGUUUUGUGAUAUGUACAAUUACAUUAGUUGUUGUUUCCUUCCAUAAAAUAAUAAAGCUCAUCACACAUUA